AUGGUCGCCUUCCCUCGUGCUGCGCUACCGCAGCUCUCCCUCGCCCGACGCUCCCUCUCGUUAUGCCGACACAUCCACUCGUCGCCCUUCAGAUCUGCCAUUGCGCAUCCGGUCACUGCCCAUGGCCCCCCUCCCAAGGCCCCUGCUACACCAGAGCGGAAAGAGUCCUCGGAAUUGAAAGAUGCAACCUCCACAGCUUCCGAAACUGAGGCACCCAAAACCCUCAAGCUCACCGAUGCGCUCAAGAAACGUUUCUGGAAGGAUGUGCACGUACAUGGAAAGCCAGAGGAAUAUCAGGUCCUGCUUGACAAGCGACCCGUGAGAACGCCGACUAAAGCCAUCCUAUCAAUUCCCUCUACGAAGCCUCACCUCGCCCAUGCCGUCGCCCUGGAAUGGGAUGUGAUGACCUCUGCUCAGCAGGCGCUCAAAAGCCACCUUAUCCCUAUGACCUCCAUUGCCGCCCGUGCCACCGAUAUCGCCCUCGAAGAUGCCAAGGGCGAUUCUACCACCCGAAACCAGAUUAUUACGACUGCCAUGCGCUACCUAGACACAGAUACUCUCCUCUGCUGGGAGCCGGAGCGGGAAGUCCACGCAAUGGAUCUCAAGGCGGAUGGAACUCCCCAAGAGAGUCUGCGGGAUAUUCAGACCCGAGUCGCCAAGGAUAUUAUGAGCUUCUUGUCUACGAAGGUCUGGCCCGGUCUUGAAAUCAUCCCCAUCUUGGACACCGAGAGCAUCAUUCCCCUCUCGCAGCCCAAGGGGACCAAGGACAGCAUUCGCACCUGGGUAUCAGAGCUGUCGGCGCAUGACCUGGCAGGCCUGGAGCGUGGCAUCCUUGCCUCCAAGAGCCUUUUGAUUGCGGUCCGCCUGGUGACUGAGUGGAGUGAGAACUUCCGCCACAUUCAGCGGGCCGAUGUCAAGAAAUUCGGUAUCGAGGACGCGAGUGAAGCGGCCAGCUUGGAGGUGACCUGGCAGACUGAUAAGUGGGGCGAGGUUGAAGACACCCACGAUGUCGGCAAGGAGGACAUGAAACGUCAAUUGGGCAGCGUUGUGAUUCUGGUCAGCGGAGAAACCAGAUAA